AUGACUGGACUAUGCAGCUCCCUGRUCUCUGUGGCUGUGGAGUGGAAACUUCACCCGGAGCAGGUGGAGUCGGAUGUGUGCCGCAGCAGACUGCAGCUGUUCAGCCUGGCAGGAGGAGCCAGCCGGACAGACCUCCGAGGUGUAAGCCCACUGGUGAAGAUUCUAGACCAAAUACUUACUUCUUCUACAACAGACGGCAACAACAGUCUCCUUCUUUCACUCCUUAAAGAUGUCUUAACAGGAAACUACCGGACGUACCUCGUCUACUGCGUUAAUCCUCGAGGUCUCCUAAACGACGAGGUUCCUUGUGUUUUAGAGUUGGCUCAGAAAGUGAGAGGACUGGUUACRGAAGCCAAAACUGGCCGAUGGAACCCGAAAGCAUCUGAGCGAGAGAUCCGUGAAGGCAUCAUGGAUCUGCAAAACAAGAUCAUGUCUCAAGAGGAGAGUGAAGUUCACAACAUUUACAGGCUAGCAGAGCUGAGUCAAAACCUGAAGAUGGCAAAAGAUCAGUCAUGGGAGAAAAGAAGGGAAGAAUCAGAGAAAAUUAAAAUGAAAAUCAAGAGUUUUAAAUCCUCAAUCAGCAACCAGGAGUUUUCUGGAAGACAUCUGGUUGAACGACAGAGUUCAGAAACAACGAAAUAUCUAAAAGAACAACUGAGACGAGAAAUGAAAGAGCACAUGCAAGAAGAUAAAGGCAGUGCUGAGAAAGUCCAGSAGAGAGUAGGAAGGAUGCAGCUGCUAACAGACGCUCUCAGGGAAGAAACGCUGACGACUGGAGCUGUUAGAGAGAAAUCACAGCUCUGUCAACAAUUUAAUGAUGAGUCUCAGUUGGAAUACAAUGAAGCUCAGGAGCGGAGGAGGCAACUUAAGGAGGAUCAUGCAAGAUUAAUUCAAGAGGAGGUGGCYAAGAUGGAGGAAGAAUUGGCCCAGGAACAGCCACCGGCAGAGAGUCCUGAGAGAGAGCUACUGGUGCUGAGCAGACAGAGGCAGGUCCUGACGCUGCAGAUCCAGGCCCUGCGCACCGAGGCCCUGCAGGCAGAGAGAGACCUGCAGGACCAGUACCAGAGACACCAAACAGAGCUGCACUGUCUCAGGGAGGAAAGUCUGCAGGUGUUCCAAGUGUUCCGUCAGGUCAGCGAGGAGCAGAGGAAGGUUUCAGAGGGCCGGUACAGAAGCGUGCUCCUGGACGCUGUMCAGGACGCCGUCUACUUAUCAGCUCAGAACCAGCAGCUGCAGGCRGACAACAAACGCCUGCGUAAAGCACUUGGAGGAAUGAAGGAUGCUCUUACGGCACGAGGUGAUUCUAUCGCUGAUCUGAUACCCCAACAAGAAUGACAGAAAGAAUCUGCAACAGUUCUGAUAAUUUAUUGGUUGUUAGCACAAAUAUAAUCCUCUCUCUCUGAUAGGUGUUUGCAGAGGUGARGGAAAAUGGUAGAAAGUACCUGUAACAGUGUGCAUGACAAAAUAAACACUUCAUAUUGUUCAACUAAUA